AUGGGGCAAGGGAAGGAGGGACAAGAAGGGAACGGAAGAAAAGUCAGGUCAUGUGGAUUAAACUUCAUUGACUUGAUGGUACGACAAGGGAACAUCGAUAACCCUCCUAAGACUCCCCUGGUGCCAGGAUUUGAGUGUUCUGGGAUCGUGGAAGCUCUGGGGGACAGCGUGAAAGGAUACGAGAUCGGGGACCGUGUCAUGGCAUUUGUCAAUUACAAUGCCUGGGCAGAGGUGGUCUGCACGCCAGUGGAAUUUGUCUACAAGAUCCCAGAUGACAUGAGCUUCUCAGAGGCUGCCGCAUUCCCCAUGAACUUCGUCACAGCCUAUAUGAUGCUCUUCGAAGUUGCCAACCUCCGAGAAGGAAUGUCCGUGCUGGUGCACUCAGCUGGCGGUGGUGUGGGUCAAGCUGUGGCUCAGCUGUGUUCCACUGUCCCCAAUGUGACUGUCUUUGGAACAGCUUCUACUUUCAAGCACGAAGCAAUCAAAGGCUCCAUGACCCACCUCUUUGACAGAAAUGCAGACUACGUGCAAGAAGUGAAAAGAAUCUCUGCGGAAGGAGUGGACAUUGUACUGGACUGCCUGUGCGGGGACAACACUGGAAAAGGUCUCAGCCUUCUCAAACCACUGGGAACCUACAUUUUAUACGGUUCAUCCAACAUGGUGACUGGAGAGACCAAGAGCUUCUUUAGCUUUGCCAAAUCGUGGUGGCAGGUCGAGAAGGUGAACCCCAUCAAGCUCUAUGAAGAGAACAAAGUCAUCGCAGGAUUUUCCCUUUUAAACCUGCUCUUCAAACAGGGCCGUGCGGGCCUCAUUCGAGGAGUAGUGGACAAACUCACUGAGCUCUACAACCAGAAGAAGAUCAAGCCCGUGGUCGACUCCCUUUGGGCCCUGGAGGAGGUGAAGGAGGCCAUGCAGCGGAUCCACGACCGAGGAAACAUCGGCAAGUUAAUUCUGGAUGUAGAGAAGACCCCGACUCCACUGAUGGCCAACGACAGCACAGAGACCAGCGAGGCGGGGGAAGAGGAGGAGGACCACGAGGGCGACAGCGAGAACAAGGAACGGAUGCCCUUCAUCCAGUAA